UACGCUUUUCGGGAAGUAGGUUCGUUGGGUGCUUUAUGAUGUCUGCCUUCUUGGUUGCUGUUGCCGGUGUUGCAACUUUCCGAUUCGCAGCAGAUAGAUAAAGACUGUUGUAAUAAAUAACAUCGAGCAACAAACACCAUGUUCAAGGCAACAAUCCUAGCAACUCUUCUUGCGUCGGCUUCGGCCUUCGCCCCUUCUCAAUUCAGUGGUAGGUUAGACACAAACCCAGACGGACCGGAAAUAGUUUAGGAAAUGUCGCCGGAGGACAAUACAGAGCUCUUAGACCCAGACCGAACGAAAACAUAUAUUGUACUUACUGUGGUAGACUUUCUGUGAUCUAGAGAAAAAUGCUCACCUCAAUCAAUUGCUUUGUGAAUUCUAACUGUCUGGUUGACUUUAGGACGUGCGUCCACUGUUGUCAGAUCAGAGGAGGCGGCUGAAGAAGUAGAAGCCCCUCCCGCCUACGUUGCCAGCACUGCCCUUCCUUUCCUUGAAUACCCUCCUAAUCUUGCUGGAUAUGUUGGUGAUGCCGGAUUCGAUCCAUUCCGUUUCUCCGACUUCGUCCCUAUGGACUUCCUUCGAGAAGCCGAACUUAAGCACGGACGUAUAUGCCAGCUCGCCGUUCUUGGUUUUGCUGCCGUGGACAUGGGAUUCCGAAUCUACCCUCUUCCUGAGGCGUACAAGGGACUCACCUCGGUCACUGCCCACGACGCCCUUGUCGAACAAGGUGCCAUGAGCCAGCUGUUCUUGUGGAUCGGUCUUGCCGAAGUCCUCGGAACCGUUGCUCUUAUGCAAACUUUGCAGGGAUCCGGACGUGCAGCUGGUGAUUUUGGACUUGACCCUGUUGGUUUCCUCGCCGGAAAGUCGGAAUCCGAGAUCAACGAGAUGAAAGAAAAGGAAAUUACCCACUGCCGAUUGGCUAUGAUGGCGUUCAGUGGCAUGGUUACACAAGCUGUUUUGACCCAAGGACCUUUCCCUUACGUCUAAGUCUGGAAUCGUAGCGUGGGGCGCAACGAGACACGACUCGAUGUACAAACCACACAUGGACGACGGUGUUCUACCACCAAUGAAUAGACAUGCCCACUUCUAUGCGUUGUAUUUCUAAGAUACCCGUUCCCUUCUUGAGUGUUCCGUGCGCAUAGUACUGUAGGCAGACUUUCGUCUGAAGUCUCAUGUAUCUAUCAACCUGCUGUCACAGCCGCAGCAUUAAUAACUUUUCGACCUAGCUACUUUAAUCGGGAUGUUAAAUACGAGA